AUGAAGGCCCAACAACAGGCCAAGUCCCAGGGACCCCAGAGGUUGGUACUAACUGAGAAUGAUAUGGAUUUGUUAUUAGAGGCGCCAUUUGUUGCAUAUAAAUGGCCACAUGAAGCAAUAUUACUAUUAAUAGAAGAAUAUCGUAUACGUCAGAAUGAUUUUCUAAGUGGAAAAAUAUCGCAAAAGAAAGCAUAGAUUUUUAUAACAGAGAUAAUGAAGAAAUAUGGUUACAAUGUAACUGGCCCUCAGUAUUUACCGAAAUUUUCCGGUUUAAAGCAUACAUACAAAGCUAUAAAAGAUCACAAUAAUAAAUCGGGCAAUGCGACGAGAACAUGGCCGUAUUUUUCUCAUAUGGAUGAUUUAUUGGGGAAUAAACUGUUUAUGUCACCUGUAACGACUGUGUCAUCUACUGGUAAAAGAACAUUAUCAGAAUCAGAGUGCAACACAUCUAGCAAUGAAAAACAAAAGUAGAAAAACCGACAAACAUAUGCUAUGGAACAUAUAGUCGAAAAACUAACAGGAAUGAGACAUAAAACAGAACUUACGAUGGAAAGAAGACACCAAGAAAAUCUGGAGAUUCGCCAACAAAUAUUAAUAUCAUUUAAAGAAUUGAUUGAUAUUUUUAAGAAGCCUUAA